GCUCGGCUGGUUCCGGGUUGAGAGGCUGCGCUCGGACCGGAGCAGUGGCCGCUGAGCUGGCGAGGGUAAGGGGCCGCGCCGGGAAAGGUCUUGGGGCCGGGAGCGGGCAGCUGAGCGUGCUCGCACCCCUCCGCUCCUCUGCCAGGCACAGCCGCGGUGCGGCUCCGCCAGGCUUCCCUCUCUCCUAGAUUUCCCCAUCCCUAUCUUCUCCCCCUCCCCCCACCGCACCCAUCCCGGGAGUUCAACCCCCCCCAAGGCCUCCGCCCCCCUCCUGGAUCCCUUUCUCCAGCCACCCAUUCCUUCGGGCUGUCCCUUCCUCUAGAACCUCCUUGCCGGGAGACCCUUCCCUCAGACACCCACGGCCCCCUCCCUCCAGCACCCAUCGCUCCGGAUCACCCACUACCUUGAGCCACCCUCCCGGGCUCGCAUCCCGGGUAGUCUCUACCCUGAACCCCUUCUUCGAGUUUUUCGAGGGCAGCUCAACAGCCCCCCUUCCCGGACAGCCCCCUUCCUUCUCCUGUAGCUCCUACUCCUGCCUCUCCAGGCCUGCUCCCCGCACCCGUCCCUCGGUGCUGCCCCCGACAGCGCCGCGCUCCCUCAGCCGCCCCCCUGCAUCUCCGGCCCCCCUCCCCGCCGCCCCCGGCGCCAUGGCAUGUAGCCUCAAGGACGAGCUGCUCUGCUCCAUCUGUCUGAGCAUCUACCAGGACCCGGUGAGCCUGGGCUGCGAGCACUACUUCUGCCGCCGCUGCAUCACCGAGCACUGGGUGCGGCAGGAGGCGCAGGGCGCCCGCGACUGCCCCGAGUGCCGGCGCACGUUCCCCGAGCCCGCGCUCGCGCCCAGCCUCAAGCUGGCCAACAUCGUGGAGCGCUACAGCGCCUUCCCGCUGGACGCCAUCCUCAACGCGCGCCGCGCCGCGCGACCCUGCCAGGCGCACGACAAGGUCAAGCUCUUCUGCCUCACGGACCGCGCGCUGCUCUGCUUCUUCUGCGACGAGCCCGCGCUGCACGAGCAGCACCAGGUCACCGGCAUCGACGAUGCCUUCGAGGAGUUGCAGAGGGAGCUGAAGGAGCAGCUUCAGGCCCUUCAGGACAGCGAGCGGGAGCACACGGAGGCGCUGCAGCUGCUCAAGCGACAGCUGGCGGAGACCAAGUCUUCCACCAAAAGCCUGCGGACCACCAUCGGCGAGGCCUUUGAGCGGCUGCACCGGCUGCUGCGCGAGCGGCAGAAGGCCAUGCUGGAGGAGCUGGAGGCCGACACGGCCCGCACGCUGACCGACAUCGAGCAGAAAGUCCAGCGCUACAGCCAGCAGCUGCGCAAGGUGCAGGAGGGGGCCCAGAUCCUGCAGGAGCGCCUGGCGGAAACCGACCGGCACACCUUCCUGGCCGGGAUGGCCUCCCUGUCUGAGCGGCUCAAAGGGAAAAUCCACGAGACCAACCUGACGUACGAAGACUUCCCGACCUCCAAGUACACAGGCCCCCUGCAGUACACCAUCUGGAAGUCUCUGUUCCAGGACAUCCACCCAGUGCCAGCCGCCCUGACCCUGGACCCGGGCACCGCCCACCAGCGCCUGAUCCUGUCUGAUGACUGCACCAUCGUGGCCUAUGGCAACUUGCACCCACAGCCGCUGCAGGACUCACCGAAGCGCUUUGACGUGGAGGUGUCGGUGCUGGGCUCCGAGGCCUUCAGUGGCGGCGUCCACUACUGGGAGGUGGUGGUGGCCGAGAAGACCCAGUGGGUGAUCGGGCUGGCGCACGAGGCCGCAAGCCGCAAGGGCAGCAUCCAGAUCCAGCCCAGCCGCGGCUUUUACUGCAUCGUCAUGCACGACGGCAACCAGUACAGCGCCUGCACCGAGCCCUGGACGCGGCUGAACGUCCGCGACAAGCUUGACAAGGUGGGCGUCUUCCUGGACUACGACCAAGGCCUGCUCAUCUUCUACAACGCCGACGACAUGUCCUGGCUCUACACCUUCCGGGAGAAGUUCCCCGGCAAGCUCUGCUCCUACUUCAGCCCCGGGCAGAGCCACGCCAACGGCAAGAAUGUGCAGCCGUUGCGAAUCAACACGGUGCGCAUCUAGUGCGGCAGAGGCAGACCGCAGGCCCUGGGCCAUGGCCCCCAGCAAGAGCCCACCCGGGAGACGCCCUGGAGACGCCCGGGAGACGGGAGGCCUGGACUCCGGCCCAGCUUGGCCACCGUGAGAUCUCAGGCCAGAUGUUUACCCUUCAGCCUCCAUUUCCCCGUCUGUGAAAUGGAGGUAGUGCUCCAUGAUUCCUAAACUCUCUUCCAGCACUGAUGUUCUGCAGCUCUGACUUGGAUGGGGUUGCAGCUUUGGUCCGAGGAUGUGACGUGGCUUCUUCUCAGGGCAGCCCCUGCCCAACCCUCAUCCCCAUCCUCUCAGGGGCAGGGGACAGCCUUCCUAUGUCUCCCUCUUGCCCACAUGCCCUGACCUCAGGAUGUGUCAGAGUGUCACCAGCAGUUGGCAGCCUGAAAGAUACACAGUACCCUCUUAUGCUCCCAGGCCUAAGACUUGCCCCUGACCAAGCUAGUGAUGGGCUAUUUUACACUUGACCCCAGCCCACAGUGGACACAGGCUGUAGCUAGUCCUCGGGUUACCUGAGAACCACCCUCUCCUUCCACCUCCAGACCAAGAGCCUUAUGGUUCCUGCUUUUCCACUUAUCUGAGGGUAAAGUUGUUGCUCUGGCUGCAGAAGGCACCCAGUAGCUGAGCCCACAUGUUACAGUCACUGCCACCACCUUCCUGCGCACAGGUCUAAAGGCAGGAUGAAGGCACACCCCGAGGCUGAUGCAGAGCCCAGUAGCCUAAAGGCCGCUGGAGGACAAACGUCACUAGACGAUGGAGGUCCCUAACAGCUUGGAUAAGGGUCCAGCCAGGCCUCUGUGACCAGGCUAGGAUGCGGGAGGGUACGGGAAGUAAUUGUUUUAGUGAGGCCCUGAGCACUGGGACGGGCUGUUGGCUGGGACCUCUCAUCAGUCUUGGUAUCUAUCUCAGGAUCCCAUUGCAGAAAACAAGAGUGGCUUUAGCUAGUUUAAUUAGACAGGAUUUAUUACCAGGUCCCUGAUGGCUUUGCAAAUUCAUUGGAAGGGCAGGAGGAGCAGACUCUUUGCUGAGUUUCCAGGAACAGCUCCCAGCCACCAGGAACUCUGCUCCCGUCUGCAGGAAGCCACUGCAUCAGGAAGCUGUUGACUACAGAACUGUGCUCCCUCCACUAGUCCAUGCCAGCAAGUGGCUGUCCUGAGGCCUGCCUCUCUCCCACGCCAUUCAGUUCCCAAAUCCAAAUCUCUAGGAGGGAUUCUGUUUGGAAAAACUUAAAUCAGAUCCAGAACGUUGGCUGCAAGGGAGUCUGAGAAACAUAGUUUUCUUCCUUCCAGCCUCACCCACUAGAAGGAAGUAAGAAUGGAUGUUGAACAAGCCCAUCCACGGUUUUUGCCGCAGGCGUCCACCUCCCGGCCUUGGCUCUGAAGCAGCAGAGCCUCCAGGUAUCCUGCUCUCUGGCUCUGUCCCUGCCCAGGGACGAGAGCCCGAGGG